CACCAUCACAUAAGCACGGGCCACAGUCAGUGCAAGUGUUCUGAGUGCGUUUUUAAAAAUCGUUAUUUAUGUGUGAAACAGGUGUAAAAUUUAUAAUAAUCUCUGUUCACAGUUCGCAAUUAUUUGUGUUCGUGUAAUUGCUGUAUGGCAAAUAUGUUGUUGUGUGCUGUCAACUCACUUAGCGAAAAUUGUGCCAUUGCCUGUGCGUAUACGUGUGCGUGUGUGUAUAUGUGUGUGCGCGUUUAGUUUACGUUUUUUUUUGGGGCUCUAUCGGCAUCUCGGGCAAAGUAAUUGAAGUUAAUUAAAAAAACGUUGGCUAAUUUCGUGCGCAAUGAGCAAUUAUCAGCCGCACGCGUCGCUGUCGCAUAUUCAGCAACUGCAGCUGCAGCACCAGCUACAACAGAACCAUCAUCAUCUUCAUCUUCAGCAACAUCAUCAUCAGCAUCUGCCGCCACAUUUACAGUUGGCAGCGACGACGGCAGCAGCAGCGCUCCCCCAACAACAACAACAACAACAACAACAACAGCAGCAGCAGCAGCGUCAUAAUCAUACGCCCACAACCAACCAAAGCCAGUCAACGUCGUCUGCGGCUGCGACCGCCGCUGCUGCUGCCGCCUCAAUUUUGGUAACGCAACUGCCGCAGCCGCUGAUAAGCAAUUCGCUGGCCAUACGCCAGGAGAUACAGCGCUUCGAGAGCGUUCAUCCAUCGAUUUAUGCUAUUUACGAUUUAAUCGAUUUGCUGCCCAUGCCGGACGCACAGAUUGCCCAACAGAUACGCGAUCACGUCGUUUGCAUUGAAGAUUCCUUUGUGAACAGCCAGGAAUGGACUAUAUCACGCUCGGUGCCAGACUUGAGGCUGGGCAUUGUAGGCUCUCUAAAUUCUGGCAAAUCGGCGCUGGUGCAUCGUUAUCUCACCGGCUCCUAUAUGCAGGAAGAGUCACCCGAGGGUGGUCGCUUCAAGAAGGAGGUCUUCAUCGACGGACAAAGCUAUUUGCUGCUCAUACGUGAUGAGGGCGGCGCCCCGGAAAUGCAGUUCGCUGGCUGGGUGGAUGCGGUAAUCUUUGUGUUUAGCCUGGAGAACGAGGGCAGCUUUAAUACCGUCUACAAUUAUUAUACCAAAAUGGCGCAUUUUCGCAAUGGACAGGAUAUACCCAUGAUAUUGGUCGGCACACAGGACGCCAUCAGCGAGCGGAAUCCGCGUGUUAUCGAUGACACGCGCGCCAGGAAGUUGGCCAGCGAUUUGAAGCGCUGCUCCUACUACGAGACCUGCGCCACCUACGGCCUAAAUGUGGAACGCGUCUUUCAAGAUGCCUGCCAGAAGAUACUCUCUCAGCGUUUGCCGCUGCCGCCAGCGAUGCAGCCGCCGCGGCCAACCACACCGCAGGGCACACGACUGGGCUUGGCCACAUUCCAGCCGCCGCCCACAAAUGGACAGCGGGCGCAGCAGCAGCAGCUGCCAUUGCGCAUGAGCGCCGACUUUGCGCAGGCGGAGCAGAAGCUCUGGUCUCUGCAGGCGAGCGCAGCCGGCUCCACGAAUGAGAACAACAACGUAACCAAAUACAAUCCUGGGGCAGCUGCACAACAACAACAACAACAACAACAACAGCAGCAGCAGCAGCAAUUGACGCUGCCCGGCGACUGCAGUCAGGUGCAGCUGCGUGAUCCACGCGAUUUGGCGCCGCCACCUGGCAAGGAUCUACCCACGCCCACAUCGACGCCCACGACAAGCCGUAAAAGUCGACGGCGCUCAAAUCUCUUCAUACCCUCCUCCUCCAAGAAGAACGACAAGGAGCCAAAGAGCAGCGAACUGGGCAGCGGACGCUCCAUACCCAUCAAACAGGGCUAUCUGUACAAGCGCUCAAGCAAAUCUUUGAACAAGGAGUGGAAAAAGAAGUACGUGACGCUCUGCGACGAUGGGCGGCUCACCUAUCAUCCCUCGCUGCACGACUACAUGGAUGAUGUGCACGGCAAAGAGAUACCGCUGCAAUAUGUCACCGUCAAGGUGCCCGGCCAGAAGCCCCGCGGCUCCAAGUCCAUAAUUACGAACAGUGCGUUGACCAGCUCGCUGCUGACCAACGGACAGCGGAGCACGCAGGGCACGCUCAGUGAGGGCAUUGGCUGCUUAACGCUGGCCAAGGAUAAUCAGCGCAAGCUGAGCGAGAAACUCUCUUUGCUGGGUGCUGGUGCUGCCGGCGGCAGCGGCGGUGGUGGAGGCGCCAGCGGAGGUGCUGGCAUUGAGCCUCUCAAAUCGAAUAGUUCACAGCAGACGAGUGGAGACGAGGGCAUUGCCAUGUCGAAUUCCAAUUCGCAGACUUUUACAGCCGGCGAGGCGCCCGCCAGCAAACUGGAGGCCCAAACGCCGAACGUUAAGAAGCGCCAUCGCCGCAUGAAGAGCAGCAGCGUCAAGGCAAACGAGGCGGACGACAAUGAUGGCUACGAAUUCUAUAUUGUUUCGCUGGACUCCAAGCAGUGGCAUUUUGAGGCCGCCAACUCGGAGGAGCGCGAUGAAUGGGUCGCCGCCGUCGAGCAGGAGAUCUUCAAGAGCCUGCAGGGCAUCGAGAGCAGCAAAACGAAGCAGGCAACCAGCACGGAACUGGCCGCCAUGCUGGCCAUCAGGCAGCGGGUGCCCGGCAAUGGGCAUUGCGUCGACUGUGGAGCGCCAAAUCCCGAAUGGGCCAGUCUCAAUCUGGGCGUGCUCAUGUGCAUUGAGUGCUCGGGCAUACAUCGGAAUCUAGGUUCGCACAUAUCCAAGGUGCGCUCCCUGGGCCUCGAUGAUUGGCCAGCGCCGCAUCUGAGCGUCAUGCUGGCCAUUGGCAACAGCCUGGCAAACUCUGUGUGGGAAUCGAAUACGCGGCAACGUGUCAAACCGACAGCGUUGGCCAAUCACGAGGAGAAGGAACGCUGGAUACGCAGCAAAUACGAGGCCAAGGAGUUUCUCACGCCCUUGGGCAGUGGCAAUCAUGUAAAUGCCGCCUCGCCGGGCCAGCAGCUCAUUGAGGCGGUCAUCAGGGCGGACAUCAAGUCGAUUGUCUCCAUAUUGGCCAAUUGCCAGGCAGAGGUGACCAAUGCCAAUGUGAGCGCCAGGGAUGUGCGCACCCCGCUGCUGCUGGCCUGUGCCAUAGGCAAUCUGGCCAUAGCACAGCUGCUUGUCUGGAACGGCGCCAACAUCAAACACACGGAUCAUGAGGGUCGCACCUGUUUGGCCUAUGCACGCGCCGCCCAAUCCCUGGCCACGGCCAAGUCGAUGAAGGCAGCCGCUGCUCUGGCAGCCGGCACCCCAGCUCCGGCCCCAGCACCCUCAGCUAAUGGUGGCAUACCCGCACCACAGUACAAUGUGGAGGAUACAACGGCUCUUGUGGAGCUGCUUGUGGGUCUGGGCUGUCCGGAAUCGGCGCCGCUUACAGCCAGCGGCACGUUGCCCCGACGACGCGAUACUCUGGGCACACCCUAUGAAAAAUCCGUUUCGGGGGUUAUCUAAAAAAAAAAAAAAAAAAAAAAAA